AUUGCCAAGAAAACAAAGGAGAUUGACACUAAUUUACUUGCUGUACUUCCUAAAGUUUCAGAACUUCGAAAACUUUUUGAAGCUGGCCAAAAAUCCACUGUGGAAAUGAACAGGAAAGAGAGAAUUGCAAGACGUUUGGAAGGAAUUGGAGGUGACACACAGCCAGUGCUGUUGCAGAAUUGUCGUGAGCUAGUUACUCACCGCCUGCUGGAGGAAGACACUCCUAGAUAUACACGAGCUUCUGAUGCCUGCAGUCCACCCCUAGUUAGAAGAUCAAAUAAGGAGAGCUUGGAACAUCACCUGGUUGAAGAUUCUCCUUCAGAAAGGCAGUCGCGACCGAGGUGCCGAGGAGAGGUUAAGCAGAUGGAUGCCGAAUCUCCUUACAGUGCUGGUAUGGAUACUGAAGCUUUAGAUGCAAAAGCAGAGCGAAUAGCAAAAUACAAGGCUGAAAGAAGGAGACAGCUGGCUGAGAAAUAUGGGAUAGCCUUAGACUCUGAACUGGAUGGGCGUGUUGCAACCAAGUACUCCAGAGGACGAAAAGAGGUUGAUUUAACUGAAAAAGUGCCAUCACAAGCAGAAAAAGAUUGCAGCAGUGAAUUGAUUAAAUUGCAUGGUUCCAGGGAUUCAACAUUGAGUGAACUACAGACUCUGUCACCUGGUUCACAUCAAGAAAGUUUCUCACCGAAAGGAAAUGAUUUCACAGAAAGAGAAACUUUAUUGAAUAAAGAAAAUCACAAAAAUGUGCUUGAAACAAGUGCCAAAGGAAGAAUUCUGGACCAGGCAUAUGUUCAUGAAACUUCUGCAAACCUCAAUGAUUCCAGUUUGAGUGAUGUGCCAGGCUCCCCACCACCUUCGCAGAGGGUUUCACUUACAUCACCAAAGCUGUUCUCAGAGUCAUUUAAUUCAGUUAGUGAGCAACCCCAAAAUCUGCAGAAUAAAGAAGGCAAUGCAGUGAAAGUAAAGAGUGAAUGGUUUCUACAAAGAGAUUCCAAUGGCGAGACACCUUCUCUCAUCAACUGGCCUUCCAGAGUAAAAGUUAGAGAAAGAAUGUUGAAAGAUGAAGGAAUUCGGAGCAGCCCUGAAAUAGUCAAAGACAUCACUCAUAGAAGACCGCAACAAAUGGCAGUUCCUUGUAUCUCCCUCCUGUCGGCAUCUCCAACUGUUAAUACAGUUAGUAAACCCAGUGCAAUCCACCAACCCGGCUUUGUUCAGUCCACUGAUACUGUGGACAGCACCAACACAAUGACAGAAGAGUACAAAAGCAGCGUAGUUGGUAAUCAUGUACCAGGCUUUACUAGCCUUUCAACAAGAGCUGAAGGGAUAAAUGAGACCGAGCUUGGAGGAAGAUGUGUUUACAGUCAUGAAUCAAAACUGAAUGAGCCUGGUGGCACUAGGAACUUUUUGAAAAGCCGUAAAGCAGUUUUACCUUCUCAGGUUCGAAAGCAAGAGAAGAAUCCUGAAGAAACUGUCUCUGUCAUGAAUGUCAUAUGCAGGGAAGGUGAAAAACCACAUCUGGGGACAUCUGUAAUUGACUCGUACAAACCUACGGAUAUUAAUCAAAGGAGGGAGAACGCCUUAGAUAUUCAGAAGAAACCUGGGGUACACUCCCAUGUAGAUGCUAGAAGAGGAAAAGACCUAGUCAAAGAAGCAUCUCUUGAAAAAUAUAAACUAAAAUGUUCAAGACCAGAUAACCUGGAGGCACUGAAGAUAGAGGUCUCAAACAGUGAAGAACAUCAGGGCACCAGUACAGAUGUCCCUGGUGGCGAUACUGAUACAGUGGACACAAGGGUGUCUGUUGCCAAACUUCGAAGAGCUUACCUGGAGACAGCCAAUGCCAGCAGAAACCGGGACCUCGAAGCUAAUGUUGCCUUAGUGACAUCAGGCCUUGACUUGGCCACCCCUGCUGAAACGGAGAAUGCCCGUCGUAGGCCAAGACGUUACAUUGCCUUUGGUGAGAAUAGGAAGACCUCUGAGAGGUUUAGAACACAACCUAUAACUACAGCAGAGCGACAAGAAACAGCUAGGCCAGGGCCAAUUGCGGAAAUGGAAAUUACUGAAGUCGAUGAAGAAAAGUUGGAUGAACGAGCUAAAAUGAGCGUGUCUGCAAAGAGGUCACUUUUCCGUGAGAUGGAAAAAGCAACAAAGGCAAUGGAUCCGUUUGUGGCAACCAAACCUCGAUCUAGAAAUUUAGCAGUGGAACGAAGAUUACGUCGUACCCAAGAUCGUUCCCGUACUCAACCUAUCACAAUUGAGGAAGUGGUUAUCGCAUCCAGACUACAAGCAUCUGCACAGUCUGCUGCAGGAGAACAGAAGGCAAGUGAAGCCAAAGAAUUGACAGAACAAGCCCAGCCUGAAGAACCAGACAUGUCUACACUCAGCCUGGCAGAAAAAAUGGCUCUGUUCAAUCGUCUUUCGCAGCCUGUGACUAAAAUAAAAGCAGCAAGGAGUAGAAGUGAUACUAAGCAAAGACGGUCAAAUUCCCGAUAUCAGACUCAACCAAUUACGCUAGGUGAAGUUGAAGAGGUGCAAAAUGGAAAUGAAAUGAUGAGGCCCUUCUCACAGUCUCUGGUCAGUCAGGCAACUACAGUCUCCACAGCUUGUGCUGGUGACCUACAUCUUGGAAAGUCUUCCAUUGCUGAGAAUAGUUUAUACGCUGCCCACAAGUCAGCAGCAACCUCUACUCUUCCUUCCCACAGCUCACUAGUCAAUGCUGAUAUUUCAAAUACGAGUGUGCUUCCCUCCGAACACAUGCUGCCAUCACAGGAAAAAUCCUACAGAUUCAGUGGCGUACUCAAAGAGGGUGAUGACUACAGAAAUGGUGAGACAAAAGAGGUACUGCAGCAGAGCAGCAUGUAUAAUUGUAGCUUUGCAGAAACCGAUUCCCACGUACCAACUGGGAGGAGUACGGAUAAUCAUGAAACUCCAGAAAGGGACAGUGGAGAGCAGUUCAAUCCAGAAAUCUUCCCACAGGAAGCUGAAAGGAAAAUAGUUAUGAAAUCAGAAAACAUACAUGAGAGUUGGGAAGGUGAAGAGAGAAGCUUUGAUGACAUUGUGAAAGUGGAACAUGACAUGAAGAACAAGCAAGCUAUUUCAGAGUGUGUGGAACAUACUCCUGAAAUGAAAGCAGGAUCAGCAGCAACAUUCACUGCAUCACAGGUUUCUACUGUAACAUCCUCCAGACUUCCACAUCGGCAGCCAGCCACACAAAUAGAAAGUAAGGUGCUUUAUGAUCAUCAGUUGGAGCUAAGUACCAAAACUGGCAGAACUGAAAUAAGUGAAGGGACCUCGGAGUUCUCUACUGGAAAAGCAAUGUCUAUUAAAGAAAGGAUGGCUUUGCUGAAGAGAAGUGGAGAAGAAGACUGGAGGAACAGAAUUAACAAGAAGCAGGAUAAUGGCAAAAUGACCAGAACCAGUCGCUCUACCCAAUUUCAAGAAACAGAGCAUUCUUACAUCAAAAAGGACAAAGGAGAGGUUACUGAUGACAUCUGUAUUUCUAAUCAGCUCUGGGUCACUUGUGGUAGUCUCAGGAAAACAAGUCCUCAGCUGUAUGAUGAACGCCAUCCUUGGAGGUGGAAGAGGCUAACGGAUGAUGUUGAAGCACAAAUGACAAUAGAAGAAAGGAAGCAGCUGAUAAGUGCACGGGAAGAGGCCUGGAAGACUCGGGGCAGAGGAGCGUGCAAUGAUUCCAAUCAAUUUACUGUAGCUGGAAGGAUGGUGAAGAAAGGGUUGGCAUCACCUACAUUCAUGAGUCCAAUGUGUUCACCUCUUUCACACAAGAUAAAGAACAGCACCCCAGUCAUUUCCAAACCACAGGAAGAAAUUGAGGUCAGAUCUGAUUUGCCAUUGGAAACUGACAGGAAGCUUGACAAACUAGAAUCAUUCUUGGGCAAACUGCAGAACAGAGUGCCAGGGCAACAAGAUGCUGUGAUAACUGUAACUGGACAAUCUGUAAAGGAAGUAAUGAGACCUGAUGAUGAAGAAACUUUUGCAAGAUUCUACAGAGAUACAAAUACAUUUGUUAUUCAGCCAGGAGCUGUAGAAAUUGAUGAGGAGGACCUUGAUGCCAUUUUUGAUCCUGACGUACCAAAGCUGACCUCUGCAGUAGCAGAGCACAAACGGGCUAUCAAACCUACACGCAAAGUACAGUCUUCACGUAAUCCACUUAAAAUGCUUGCUGCAAGAGGUGAUAUCCGACACGAAUAUACAGAACAGCGGUUGAACAUUGCAUUCAUGGAGUCAAAGAGAAUGAGGGUGGAGAAAAUGUCGAAAAACUCUAAUCUAUCAGAAAUGGCGUUGGCUGGUCUGGCUAGCAAAGAGGACUUCAGCAGUGUCAACCUUCGUAGUGUGAAUUUAACAGAACAAGUGUCGAACAACAGUGCUGUGCCAUACAAAAAGCUGAUGUUGCUGCAAAUUAAAGGACGGAGGCAUAUUCAAACCAGGUUGGUGGAACCAAGAGCAUCAUCAUUGAAUAGUGGAGACUGUUUCUUGCUUCUAGCUCCUCAGCACUGUUUCCUGUGGACAGGAGAAUUUACCAAUGUCAUCGAAAAAGCCAAGGCUUCAGAACUGGCAGCAUUCAUUCAGACUAAAAGAGACCUUGGCUGCAGAGCACCAUAUGUGGCCACAAUAGAAGAAGGAAUUAACAGCCAUACCAAAACAGCCAAAGAGUUUUGGAGACUCUUAGGUGGACAGUCAAGCUACCAAGGUGCUGGAAACCCAGAUGAAGAUGAACUGUAUGAAAGUGCAAUCGUAGAAACCAACUGUAUUUAUCGCCUAGUAGAUGAUAAACUAGUCCCUGACGAUGACUUCUGGGGAAAGAUACCACGGUGCUCUUUACUUAAUUCAAAGGAUGUGCUGGUGUUCGAUUUUGGCAGUGAAGUGUACGUGUGGCAUGGAAAAGAGGUCACACUAGCACAGCGAAAAGUAGCAUUCCAGUUGGCAAAACAUUUGUGGAAUGGUACAUUUGACUACACAAACUGCGACAUCAACCCUUUAGAUCCAGGCGAAUGCAAUCCGCUGAUACCAAGGAAAGGUCAAGGUCGUCCUGAUUGGGCAAUUUUUGGCAGGCUGACCGAGCACAAUGAAACUAUUUUGUUUAAGGAAAAGUUCCUGGACUGGCUAGAUUCAAAGAAGCCCUCACCAAAAACUGGAGUUGAAGAGGAACAGAAGGAGUAUGGAAAUGAUCUUAAACCAUAUGAUGUCACCCUGAUGAUUCCUCAGUCUGUAGCCCCUGUUGGGACGACACUAGAUGGGUUAAAUAUCGGACGUGGCUAUGGAAUAGUAGAGGGAGAAGAUGGAAGGCAGUUUGAGAUCACCAGCCUCUCAGUUGAUGUAUGGCACAUACUUGAAUUUGACUAUAGUAGAUUGCCCAAGCAGAGCAUUGGGCAGUUUCAUGAAGGCGAUACCUACGUGGUGAAGUCAAAGUACCUGGUCAGCACCACAGUUGGUAAAAGGCAGAAGUCUGAGUUUGUUCGAAACACUGCUAUCGGAAAGGAGAAGUGUGUGUACUACUUUUGGCAAGGGCGUCAUUCAACUGUGAGUGAGAAAGGAACGUCAGCUCUGAUGACUGUAGAAUUAGAUGAAGAGCGAGGCGCACAGGUCCAAGUGCUGCAGGGGAAGGAGCCGCCCUGUUUCCUACAGCUGUUUCAAGGAGGAAUGAUUGUGCAUGCUGGCAAAAGGGAAGAGGAAGAAGAAAGCUCACAAAGUGGUUGGCGGUUGUACUGCGUCAGAGGAGAGCUUCCAAUGGAAGGAAACUUGCUUGAAGUAGCUUGUCACUGCAGUAGCCUGAGAUCCAGAACUUCCAUGAUUUUGCUGAAUGUCAACAAGGCAGUCAUUUACCUAUGGCAUGGUUGCAAAGCACAACCGCAUACAAAGGUUGUAGGGAGGACUGAAGCCAACAAAAUCAAGGAACUGCGACCAUUGGAAGCAGGGCUACACAGUAGUAUCAAUGUGACCGUACAUGAAUGUGACGAGGGAUCUGAAACAGUGGAGUUCUUUGAAGCAUUAGGAAGAAGAGAUCGAAAAGCCUAUGACUGCAUGUUGCAAGAUCCAGGAAAAUUCAACUUCACUCCUCGGCUCUUUAUCCUCAGUAGUUCGUCUGGAGAGUUUGUUGCCACUGAGUACUUAUAUCCUGCCAGGGAGCCUACAAUGGUCAACUCAAUGCCAUUUUUACAAGAAGAUUUGUAUACUGCCCAACAGCCAGCUUUAUUCUUGGUGGACAAUCACCACGAGGUGUACCUUUGGCAGGGCUGGUGGCCUACAGAAAAUGAAAUCACAGGGUCUGCCCGAAUUCGCUGGGACGCUGACCGGAAAUGUGCAAUGGAGACAGUGCUACAAUACUGCAAAGUAAAGAAUGCCAAGAAGCCACCAAAAUCCUACCUGAUACAUGCAGGUUUUGAACCAUUGACGUUUACAAAUAUGUUUCCCAGUUGGGAGCACAGGGAGGAUGUUGCAGAGAUCACUGAAACGGAAGCUGAAAGCUGCAAUAAAAUAAUUUUGGUAGAGGAUGUAUUGAGCAAGCUGUGCAAGACGCAGUACCCACUGGCAGAACUUCAAGCCCGGCCUUUGCCGGAGGGUGUUGAUCCAUUAAAGCUUGAAAUUUAUCUGACGGAUGAAGAUUUCCAGAAGACACUGGAAAUGACGAGAGAAGAGUUCAGUACCCUGCCCUCAUGGAAGCAAGUUAAACUGAAGAAAGCAAAAGGCCUUUUCUAAAUAGUUUUUAGUAUAGUGCGUAAUUUUUUUUAAAAAAAACACAUGCUUAGUAACAGAGCUUUCACCGAAGAUCAUUUGGACAUCCAUGGAUCAGACAUGGACAGUGGUCUGGUCAAAGAGCACAUUAUGGAAACAAGUUGCACAUUCAGGGCAGCAAUGCCCUUUUGGGGGAGAUUUGUCGAUUUGUGCAUGUUGAGGGGAACUCUGUGGAUUUUAACAGUGUUGACAUAAUGAGACAAUGCCGUUGUACGCAUUUGACCUCAAUGCACUUAAGGGCAACAGAUGCUACUCGGCCAUACCCUGCCUGUGUAUCUUGAAGGCAAAUUAUUUUGUAAAGUGUUAUUUUGUGUGUAGCAGAUAGCUAAUCAUGAAGAGUUUAUAUUUAUAUAAUACAAUAUGAAAAGUGACUAUGGUUUAAUGACUAAAUAUUUAAUUGUUAAUGACAUAUAUUCACUUGAGUUUUUUUUUUGCGUUAACCAGAAAAUACGAUGGCUAGUUGAACGAAACCUGCUUGUACUGAGAUCAUGCCACAAAUACCUUUUUUGCAUUCUGAUAAUCAUACAAUCAUGUUCAGUCAUUGAAAAGUUCAUGAACAAAGUGUAUUUAUGGCAUGGAAUAAUGAAAAAGCUACGCAAAUCGAGUAACUUUUUAUGUGAAUCUAUAAAAUGUAUAGUGCCUUGCUUUUGUGUACAGUUUAUACUACAGAACAAGUGUUUGAAUUUUUGAUGGAAGCAGGUGUUUAAAAAAAAAAGCUUCAUUCAGUUAAACUUGUUAUGAUAGAGGUUUAAGAAUCUCUAUUCCAACAUUCAUCAGCCUAACAAACUUUGUUCUUGUGAUACAAUUUAGAAAAAUAAAAGUUGAAAAUUGAUUUGUAUUUUUUUGGUUAUGUCUCUCUGGGCAGUUUACAAAAGGUGAAACAAAGUUUGUGUGAACCUGGCAUGUUCAAUUAAGUUCUUAAUUGUAACUAACUGAAGACAAUUGAUCGUAUUACCACAAUGAUUUACUACCAUUUAUAAGUCUGUUAUUGUAGAGUCAUUUGAGUUAAUUUGACAACAUCUUGCCAUUUACAUAAUACCUUUAUUAAAAUGUCCCAAGGCACUUCAGACAGAAACUAACAUCAAACAGCUGAGUCAGGAACAUGACCAUAGGCGUGAUUAUAAUCAGUUGCAAGAUGACUUUUGGAUGAGAGGAGCACGUUUUCAUGGGGUUUUAUCAGGACGGUUCCAGAUUGGCACUCUGAGGUGGCUGAGGAUUUUGCUGCCAAAAAUAUUUCAAUAAUUCAUAAUGGCCUGCUGUGGAAAUUAAUCAUGGAAUCAUACAGUACAGAAGAUGGUCGUUCAAUCCAUUGAGCAUUUUCUGGCUCUUUUGAAGAGCUAACAAAUUAGUUUUGACUGCCCUACACAUUUCUCCUCUUGUUUACUACAUCAAAGCUCUUCAUAAUUUUGAAAAUUCUGUUAAAUCUCCCUGUAAUUUUCUUUGCUCAGAGGAGAGCAAGCCUACCUUCUGUAAUCUCUCCAUGUAACUGAAAUCCUACACCCCGGUAUCAUUUUAAGAAAUCUUCUUUAUAACCCUCUCCAAGGCCUUCAAAUGUAUGGUGCCCAGCACUGGACUGUCUGACCCUGCUAAUGCCUAACAUGUGAAUUAUGUAAUAAUACUUUAAUAAUAGUAUUAAAAGCAAGUUCCCAGUUCACAAGAAAGCAUGAGCUUAGAAAUGGCAAUUUUGUUGCAUUGGGAAAUCAUUUCCACAAGGAAUAAUUUUCCAAAGGCCAAGAAGGUCUUAGAAUGGAGACAAUAUUAAAAAAUAAGUGCAGUCUUUUGUGUUUAUUCUGUCAUUGACUUACCAAGAUCAUUUUUAAAUCUCUUUCUUGCACAAUAACUACUAAGUCUCUAUAUUUACUGGAUGAGAAUUUGAUCUGCCUUCUUGUAAAAAGUUACUAAACUAUUCGAGAGAAGUAGCAGUUGAUAACUAUUUAGCAUUCAAUAACAUACUAGUUUAAUGUUUAGCCGUUGGUUUCCUCUAUUUAUAGCCAUUGACCUGUAGCUCUUCUGCCUGACCGUCCUACACAAAGUGCCUUUCUAGAUCCACCUUACCUAUUGAUAAAUUUUGAAACUUGAAUCUUGCAAUAGAGAUUUGUGUGUUUACUGAGCUGACCAUGUUAAUGGUCAUCUUACUGUGCUGAAGAGUCCCUUAACACAGUGUUCUGUAGCAAUUCCAGGAACACUAAUAGAAAGUAUUAUUAAACACACCGAAAAUGCAAUAAAUUAUUAAAAACUUUGAA